UCCAGGACGUGGCGAUGUGUGCGUUUGAUACGCUGUGUCUUGCAAACCCAAAAGACUGGAGCUGUUUGAAGAUUAUGUAAAAAUAAAGGUGCAGAUACCCUUGAAAGAGAGGAAUAAUGGGACCAGGCAUUCAAGAAUAUCCCUUAUUGCUGCACAGAGAGACACAGCAGAAGGGAAGCCACAGCCACACCAAUGAAAACCACAAAGGAAUGGUAAAUUACAGCAAUGGAAAAAGCCAUCCGAGCACCAAAGGACUAAAUAAACCAAUUUCUUAUGUGAAAUCUUCUCCUGGAAGAUUGGGCAAAAAUGUAUCAAGUGCCAUUGAAAAGAUUUCCCCUGACACUCAAGAUGGUAACCAACCAAAUGUUCUUAAGAAGGGAAGGAACCAGCUGGACAGCAGCACUCAGUCCAAAAGGAUCCCGAGUGUUUGCCCAUCACUGCACAGUGUGCAAGGACCAAAGAGGAGUCUCCCAGAAAGAAGGCAGAAUGAAUCUUUGCUGCACAGGAUCCCUCCAAGCACAAAGGGCAGCACACAAGGAAACUUCUGUAGGGUUAAAGAUGUCCCAGUGCAACAUUUUUAUUGCAGUAAAAAAGAACAAUUGGAAAAGAAUCACGAAGAACCUGUUGCUGGAGCCAGUCCAGGCCCUUCUAAAUGGCAAGAAGCAUCUGUAAGUGAAAUGUUUCUUGAUUUUGAAUCAGUACAAAUUAUUAAAGAAGAUGCUGAAGAUGAUAGUGCCAGUGACCUCUCUGAUUCAGAAAGGAUUCCCAUUCCCCCCUCUCCCUGCACUCCACCAGAACUCAUUCUCCGAGCUGAAGAGAUCGAUCCGGAUUGUUUGGAACAUGUCCCUGAAAUGGGUUUUAAAGAGUCAGAAUAUUACUACCCAGACUUUCUCCCACCCCCUUUCAACUCCUGGGACUUGAAGCAGCUGGCCAUCUUUGUCCACGUGGAAGGGAAAGCUGAUUUCCGGCCGAAGCCAACGGGAUUUUUGGAGAAAUACCUGGAGCGCCUGGUGCAGCUGGAGUGGCUGCAGAUGCAGACGGUGCAGAACGAGAGGGGGAAGGCAGCCAAGGGACGGCCCCAGACUGCUCCCAGCUCCACCCGUGCCCUGAAGAGCCCUGGCAAAGGCAAGGCAUUGCUCAGCCCUGUGCCCAACAGGCAAGUGGUGCCCCAGGAUAGUGUUGCCAAGCUGCCCAGGAGCUGUUUGGGUCACAGGGGGGAUCCCCACUGUGAGGGAAGUCGCCAGUUACAUUCUCAUCCAGGUCACUUGAGGCCGGCGGAGAGAACGGGAUGUGCAGCACCUUCUCAGAGACAGGCUGGUGACGCAAGGAGCGAACUGAAAAAGAAACCAGCUGCAAAGCAACAGCUGCUCAACCUGCAGCCCUCCGAGAACGGCUCUAAAAUCCAAAGUGUUGGUAAUAUCAGACCCCCCAAGCAAAGCCCAGCGUUCCACGGUGCAGCUGCUCCCAUCAAAGGCUUCAAAACAUACACGUGCACAAAUCCAAAGAAAAACGGCAGCGCCAGCAGUUGUGUCCCUCCUAAAAAACCAGCGGGGGACAGGAAAAUCAAGACAAAUGGCACAAAGCAAACGUCACACAAAUUCAAGUGAAGGAAAAUCCAGUAGGAAACGUUGCUGCUUUCGGCCGAUGCGGGAGGGUUUUCUUCGUAGGAAGAUCCUGAGGAAAUGCGUUCUGGAUUCCGAGUCAGCGCUCUUCAUUUCUGUACAUUUGAUCUUAAGCCAGCAAGGCCAGCAGGAAAUUUUUUCCCUGAAGGCAAGUGUCUUCCAUUGGUCUUUCCUCCAAAAUAUUUACAAUUGCUCAACGAAGGUAACAAUAGCACAGGGUGAAGUUCAGAGAAAUAUAUAUUUGCACCAGUGUGUUGAAGGCUGUGGUGUUCCUUGUGCUUACCAUGGUGUUUUUGAGGGAAUAGGGUCCAUGCUCUUUUUUUCUUGCUGUUUUAUGGGGCAGGUUUGAUGAUGGUGUUUUCUGAUGGAAAGGGCUCAGCUGUUUUAUGUAAAAUAAUGGAGCCUGCUAUCUAUGCAAAGCCAACUCUAAUUCUUCACAGAAGAUGAUGAAUUGGAUUUUUUUGAUGAAAUAGAUGCUAUUUUUUUGAGAAGACGAAGAAUGGAGAUAAUGUUUUGAAAUAUUUUAAUGCAGAAAGGAUCUUUUUAAGACAAAAUAUUAGGGAGCAGACAGCUUCAAUAGUUACAGAUUAAGAAAAUGGAAUGUGUAUUUUUGUACCUGGAAUCUUCACUGUGUUUACAGAGGCUGUCCUGGAAGUUCAUUUUGUAAGUCUUGAUGCUUUUUGUCUUUUGAGGAAAUGAUCAAAUUUCAAAUUGCACAUGGAUAUAUUUGAGUAAUGCAAAGUGAGGGUAUUACCAGAGACUGUGUGGCCUAAUUUGCAGGACUGGUGACCUCUCAAAUUCUAAAAGAUAAACUCUUAGGGGAAAAAUUUAAAGAGUAUUUUAAAUUCAAGUAAAGAUACAUUUUGAUACAGAAGAUACCUAUUUUCAGUCACCCAAAAUGACUGUUAUUUAUCCCAUGGUCCAGUCUAGCUUGGCUUCCUAUUUCAAGGUUUAGUGAGGUGACAUGGGGAAAUAUCCUACAGAAGAAAGUUGUACAACCAGGAUUGGGUCCUGUCCUUGGACCCUCUGUCUUCUCUUGUGUCUGUGAGAUACAAGAGAAUACAAAGGACAGUUCAGACAAUAUUCAUCUGUCCGUCCAUCUGUUACAAUUCCAACUCAGUCACAGCAGCUGGGGACAUGAUCUUAUUUAAAUUAAAUUCUAGAGGAUGUUUUGUAUUUUCAUUUAAAAAUGCAAUCCUGGUCAGCAUUAAAUUCACCCUCAGCCACCCAGUUACAGUGUUCAUGAGCAGUGAGCUGAGGUCUGAUGGACCAGAUCUUACAAGUGGAUCCUUCACAUUGUGAUAGAAAACAGAAAAAGUAGCAAAUACUAAAGAGUACAUCAUGUAUAUAGCUAAAUUGCACUUCUCUUGGUGAGCUCAUCUUGGUUUUAAGAUGCUUAGCUGUUUCUAUUCUUCAUUGUGCCUACCAGAUCUUCAGCUUUGUUAAAUUUCAAAGCAUGGAUUUAUAUAUAGGUAGUUUAAAAUGUGAGAAUCUUAAUAAAUGUAGUAAUAAACCUAGAGUAUUUUACAGUACAUAAAAACAUUGCUCAGGAAUAGUCUUAAGAAAUAUUUUUAGUGGUUUUUUUCUUAGUCUGCUGGAGACCAAAUGUGAAAUUUUAAAUUGGUAAAGGAAACAAAUAUAAUGGUAUCACGUUUCCAGAUUCAGUAUUUGUGAAAUUACAGUUAAAAUGUAGUUGCAUGUACAUUGAGCUCUAUGCAAUUAAAGUGAAACUUAAUCUGACAUGCUCAAAGAUCAAAGAAAUUGGCUGUCUCAGAGGUGGGAUGGACUCAGAGGGUGGAACUGAACACCAGCAGCUACAGAGGACCAGCACAUCCCAUUGUCACUGUUUCACCCCUUUGUUUUGGCCCAGCCUCAUCACUUAUUUCAGCUUUUUUAGAUGAAAAGUUCCUGCAUCCAAUGCUUCUAUUUCAAGCUCUGGCCAAGUUUUGCAAGCCUGCCUUAGUCGAGUUUUCCUGAUUCACUUUCACAGCAGUGAAAGGUCGAGCUGCUCUUGCCAAUGAGUUCAGUGCACUGUUCUAGGCCACUGUUCUAAGCACAAAAAUCGAGCAGGAUCCAGGCAAUAAUCAGAAUAGCAGGUUUUUAAACAAAUUCUGUUAGGUGCAGUCAUUAAUUCAGCAUGUUGUUACAGCACUGAAUAUUAGUGUAUGCUAAAUUUUCCUAUGAAAUCUUACUGUGUAUUGAUGCUUUCCUGGGUUCUAAGGAGGGCAUGUAGAUACAGGCACAUUUUGCAUGAUCACUGCUUAAAGAAUAAAUAAGCAACAUUUCAAUCAGAAAACAGAUGAAAGGUGAUUGGCACUGAGAAAAGUUUGUUAUCACAGAGGUAGGAAAGUUUUGUUUUAAUAUAGUGCUUGUGAUCUGGUGGACAUCAGGUUGUUUUUGGAGAUAAAAAGUGAAGCAGGUGGAGAUGGUGAGGCCACUUCAAAUAAGUCUGAAUACUUGCUCAUCAUUCAGCUGGGUGUGACCUGGCCAAGUAAGUUUGUCUCACGUGAUAAUCACAUCCAUCUAAUUUCUGUUCACUGAUUUGAUACUUCUAUAGUUGUCUUUGUUCACACACAGAAAUAGAAAUUCUGUGUUUGCCUCCACAAACAGCUCUUGGCCUGAGCAGACCUGCAAGGGUUAGGCUUUAUCCUGUUUCCAUUUUGACUUGGCUGUGUUCUGGGUCUACAAAUAAGAAGAGCUCUUUUUGUGAAGAGGAAUAUGGUUUAUGCUUCCUUCAUUUUGUAUUGAUGUAUAUUGUCUUUAGAAGCCCUUCUGAAUAUAGCAGAAGAUUUUAUUCCAUCAAAUACAUUCAGUUUAAAAUUAUUUAAUUAAGAUAGAUCCAUAGCAUAGUGUGUGGCUAUUAUAUUUUUUUUACUAUCUGUGUGUCUAAGCCUGGCGUUGGUGAUGCUUCUUGAAGAACAAGUUGCUGUGAUGUGAGAUAUUUAAACAGAGAGAUUUAUUUUUUUUGCUAGAGGAUGUCAGGGUUUAAUGUUCUGCAGUGUUACCUACAGAAUAAAUAUGCUCAGGUUGCAUUUUAGGUAAACAGCCAGAUUGUUCUUCAGUUACACAACUCUGAACAGCUCAGAUGUUUUCAAUGAAAUUACCCUGUUACAAAAGUGUGAACAGAGUUUUACUCCAAUAUGUAUAAACUGCUUUCCUUAGUAAUGCUGAACUGUAUUUUUAAUGUAUCACACAAAGAAAUGUAAAGCAAUACUGUUUUUCUCUUGACACAUUUCUUUCUUCUGCAUUACUUGCAUCUCAUACUGUGAUCAGUUAAAAGUUUUACCUCCUCUGCACCAUAAUCCCAUUACUGCUCAUGUCCUUUCUGUGUUUCAUUUAUUGUUUGAGGUAAUUUUAUCUUGAAUUUGCUAUUUAAAGGAUCUUGGUAGAAGUUUGAGAGAAUUUUGGCAGUUUUUUCAGUCAGUCUGUGACACCCUUUCUUGGAGCUGAUAUUAUAGUUGAAAUUUCUGCAAAAUGGAGUUGCCUAGAAUGUACUAUUUUUUGCCUUAUUUUAAAGGUGUUGAGCCUUUGUUGCUCCCAUUGCAUCGGUUGUUUUUCAUCUGAAAAAUAAACAGACCACUCUGGAAGGACUGAACUCGAUUAACUGAGUGUUUGCAGCCCAGCUUUUGAUGUUGAUAAUCAUGUAUUGUUAUUUAUUUGAACUUUUUGUGAAUAUUUUUGCUAGCAAUUUCAUUGGGAGGUGAUCUUGUAAUUCAAAGUUACUGUAUAUUUGCUACAUUAAAAGUGAGAUACUGCCUGUUUGGUA